GAAGUCCUUUGGAUGAUUGUCCUCACUGUUGGUCUGCUUGGCUCACAUUGUGAGGGCGCUAUAUCCUGUAAAAAUGAAACUAAUGUUGAUGUAGACUGGUUUAUUUUGUACAAGGUGCGUUGCGGGUUUGAUUAUGUUUACAUUGAUUCAACCGACCAGAACCUUAAAAAGAAUAAAGAGGACAAGCCUGUCAACCACCAAGCUGGUGUCCUGGCAAAUACCCUGAAGCCCUACUUUGAAAAAUCACCAGAUUCUGCAUUCAUUGCAUACAAUGAUCAAAUGCCAAGUUGUAACGCACUACAAGAAUAUGGCCACAGCAAAGGAGUUGUGAUGAUGGAUAAGGAUAAUGUAGUCUGGCUUUUACACAGCACACCAAAAUUCCCCGAAGGAGAUGAA